CUGUGUCUUGCAGGGUGUCUUACAGGAGCUCAGGAUCCAUUUUGAUUGAGACGAUAACCUAUUCGCAAUUGCGCGAAAGGGAAGUUAACUCAACAAUUAGCCCAGAAACAUCAUGAAGAGAACAAAAUCCCCAGUAUCAUCCUCAACAGAGAAAAGACGCUUCAAUGAUUCUAGGGUGAGGGUCAAAAUGGAGAGGUCCGACUCACCUGCACCCAGUUGUUUGUCUGUAAAGUCGAUGGAUCCACCAGUAAACUUAAAAGAAGACUUUACAUCUGAUUUAAGAGUGAAGUUGGAAAGGUCAGACUCACCUGCAUCAAGCUGUGUGUCUUUAAAGUCAAUGGACCCACCAGCAAACUUCAAGCAGGAAUUAAUGUGUGAUUCAAAAGUAAAGAAGGAGAGGUCAGACUCGCCUGCAUCAAGCUGUGUGUCUCUGAUGUCAAUGGACUCACCACUAAACUUCAAGCAGGAAUUAUGUGAUUCAAGAGUGAAGGCGACAUCAGACUCACCUGCACCCAGCUGUGUGUCUCUAAAGUCAAUGGACCCACCAGCAAACUUUAAACAAGAAUUUGCAUUAUCUGACUCAAGUGAGCCAUCAGCCAGUCUUCUGACAGAGGACCACUUCAGAUGUUCAGUGUGUAAGGAAGUGCUGAAGGACCCAGUCUCCAUCCCCUGUGGACACAGUUACUGCAGGCAGUGCAUCACCUUAUACUGGGCCCAGCCUAACCAUGCAGGACACUAUGCCUGUCCCCAGUGCUCACAGACAUACAGCUCCUGUCCUGCACUUUACACAAACUCAGCCUUAGCAGUGGUGGUCCAGAAGCUCCAGCACUUCAGUCCUGUUCCUCCUGCUCACUGCUAUGCAGGUCCUGGAGAUGUGACCUGUGAUUUCUGCACUGGGAGGAAACUCAGAGCUGUGAAAUCCUGUCUGACCUGCUCUGCCUCCUUUUGUGAGUCUCACAUCAGGCAGCACUACACAGUUCCAGCACUGCAGAAACACACACUGGCGGAGCCUGAACAUCAGGAGGAAAAACCCAAGAAGCAGUGUGAGGUUAAGACUGAAGACUUCAAACUGGAUAUUGACCAAGGGCUCGAGUACAUGUUUGAAGAGCUGGUGGGCAACCAGGCACCCAAGCAGGAAGGCAGCCCUCUGCAGGACACCGUGAUGCACCUCAACAGGAACUCUCCGAACCUAAUGAACAGUAGCAACACCAUGCCAACAUUCAACCUGGCAUCCAUAGAGGGCAUGAGGAGCUGGUAUGAGGAGAUCACACAGGAUCUGCGCGAUCACCUCAUCCAGUUUUUUGUUAGGACACUUUUCCCGAUGCCAAACAUUGAUGAUCUGAACAAACUUUGGAUCAAGAAAAUGGUGGAAGUCAUACGCAAGAAAGAGGAGAACGUGUACAAGUUUGCCAAAAGCAGGGCCGAGUAUUACCAUCUCAUGGCAGAGAAAAUUUUCAGAAUUCAGAAGAUAGCGGAGCAGUUUUGGCAGAAGCAGAACUUGAAAGGGAACUCAGUGGGGGAAGGCUCCGGAAUGCCCAACUUCAGAGAACUACUGCUAAGGAGGCAACUGCUCAGCAGCAGCAACAACAACAGCAGCAGCAACAACAACAGCAGCAGCAGCACAACAACAGCAGCAGCCCAACAUGGACCAAAGCCCGCAACAACAUGCUGUCCCAGCAGCAGCGCUCUGCCAACAAUGGACCAAAGCGGCCCCAUGCUGGCUGACAACAUACAGCAGCAGCAUUCAGUGAACUACUGCCAAGGAGGCAACUGCUCCAGCAGCAACAACAGCAACAGCAGCAGCAACAGCAACAUGGGGCAGGCAUGGCAGUAG